AUGAUAAAAAGUGUUCGCAGAAACGAACAGCCACUGAGCGAUGUCCUCACCACACACAACACAAAAGUUGCUAUGCCAACUCCAGCUGAAAUGGACAAAUUGCAGAGGUUGGAAAAACUCCUAGAACCCUGCAGGUAUGUGACUGAACUUCUGGGUGGAGAAAAGUACGUUUCAUGCUCUGUGGUUCUGCCUGCUUUAUGCCAUCUCUCUCGGGUGAUGGAGAGCUCAGAUGAUGACCCGGCCUAUGUAGUCAAAUUCAAAUCUAUGUUCAGAAUAGAUCUGGAAACACGCAAGGAAAAUGCCAACAUUGCAUAUCUAAAGAUUGCAACCGCAUUGGACCCGAGAUUCAAAGACCUCAAGUGUAUACCUAGAGUUGAGAGAGGUGAGGUGUGGGUCUCAAUCACUAACUUACUCAAGGAACAGAGGGUUAUUGCAGAUGAACCUGUGGAAGCAGCAACAUCAAAGCCAUCAAAGAGAAAAUUUGCUCUAUUGGUUGCUUCAUCAGAGUCUGAUUCUGAACAAGAGGAAGACUCAAUUGAAAACGGUGUGCGUCGGUACAAAGUAGAGCCCACCAUCAGUACAGAGGCCUGUCCAUUACAGUGGUGGUCCAAACAUGCAGGCUCACACAACAGGCUGGCCUCAAUUGCACAGAAGUACUUGGCAACACCUGCAACAUCUGUUCCUUGUGAAAGAUUGUUUUCUCUUGCUGGUCAUAUUGUACAAAAGAAGAGAGUUUCUUUAUCAUCUGAAAAUGUGAAUUACCUUGUUUGUCUUAGUAACUGGCUUGGUGCAGAUGAGUAA